UGUGUGUGUGUGUGUGUGUGUGUGUGUGCGUGCGUGUUUGCGGGCGGGUGCGCGCGGCGCGGCGGGCCCGGGAGCGCGUCCCCGGCGUUGUGCCGGGGGGUGCGGGCUGAGCUCAUCGCUGGCUCCCCGGCGCUCCUUACCAGUGGCUUCUGCGGUCACAUGGGUUAUGUGCUGGAGUUUAAAAGAGCUUAUAGCCCCCGAGCCGGUGCAGAAGCAGCCGGUGGUUGCAUGGGGUAGCGCCGGGAGCGGCGGCAAGCAAGGCGCCAAAAUCCCAGAUCUGAGCAGCAAGGGCUGGACAAGCAGCCAGAAGAAUCGCCCAGAGGUUUAUGAGAAGUUGGGGACGCAAGGACUCUGGACUGGUGGAGAGAUGGCUAACCCUGUCCCAUCAGCCUGCUGCGUGGUGCUCGCCGCGGUCGUGGUGGUGUACGCCCAGAGGCACCAGGACAGUCACACCCAGUACGAGCGGGUAGGUGCAGACGUGACCAUGAAGUGUGGCUCCAUGGACUGGGAUGCAGCCGUGACCUGGACAGCCAAUGGCACUGACAUUGAUGAGUCCCACCUGAACGGGUCCUACCUGAUCCUGAAGAAUGUUGACCUGUCACAGAGCGGCCAAUACUCCUGCUACGAGGGCUCCUCCUGGCACCUCAAAUACCAGACCAACCUGAGGGUGGGAACCCCCCCAAAGGAGCCAGUGCUGAUGUGCCGGUCCAACAACUACCCGAAGGGUUUCUACUGCAGCUGGCACCUGCCCACUCCUACCUACAUCCCCAACUCCUUCAACAUCUCUGUCAUACACGGCACGAAAGACAUGGUCUGUGAGAAGGAUGCUGUUCCCAAAAACAGGUGUCACAUCAGAUACCUCCAGCUCUUCUCGACAGUGAAGUACAAGGUGACUCUGACAGUCACGAAUGCUCUGGGCAAAAACUUCACCACUCUCACCUUUGACGAGUUCGCCAUAGUAAAGCCAGACCCUCCAGAGAGUGUGGUGGCAAAACCUGUGCCCAAUAACCCUCGAAGACUGGAAGUGUCAUGGCAAAACCCCUCAUCAUGGCCUGACCCUGAGUCUUUCCCACUGAAGUUCUUCCUGCGAUAUCGGCCUCUCAUCCUGGACCAGUGGCAACAUGUCGAGCUGUCGGAUGGGACAUCGCACACCAUCACGGACGCUUAUGCUGGCAAGGAAUACAUCAUCCAGGUGGCAGCCAAAGACAAUGACAUCGGCACGUGGAGUGACUGGAGUGUGGCUGUUCAUGCCACCCCCUGGACAGAGGAGCCGAAGCAUCUCACUACGGAGGCCCAGAUCACAGAGACAACAAGUGCUAGCACCUCCUCUUUCAUGGCACCACCCACAACCAAGAUCUGUGACAAGGGGGCCGUGGUGGGCAGCGGAGCCAUGGCAGUGUGUUGGACAGCUGGACUGGUUGUGGCUGCCUAUAGUGUCCUCUUUAUUUAUGACUGAGCAGAGCUGAGUUUGGAGCGACACCAUGACCCUUCUGCUCCCCGCUUGCAGAUCUCCA